AUGAGUCCCGUAAGCCCUAGUCGCUCCGGCGGCUCUCAAUCUGGAGGUUCUCCUCCUCACCGAUCUCCGUCGCGGGGACAGUCCCCUUCUCGCUCCCGAGCUGGUUCUACUUCGGGAUCAACCUCGGGCGAGAAACCCCAGAAUCCCUUUGGCCCUGGUUUGGGAUUUGAUCCGGCCAAACCUGAGCAGGCCCCUAAAGAGAGGAGGAAUACCCGUGUUGACUUGCCCCCCGAGGCAUACAUGAAGAGUCCUAUUGAUGGCCGCUUUGCCAAGCGUCCUGGAUUCAACACUCGAGGCAAGCCCGCCAAGGUUGAUAUCAACCAGUUCGCUGUUACCGCGUUCCGGCAGCCAAUGCCCAAGGUAUAUCAAUAUGAUAUCACCAUCUCACCAGUUCCCAAGCUUGAGUUGGCCCUUAUCAAGAAACUGUGGCAUCAUGAGAAAGUGCAGAGGGAGCUCACGAAGAAGCCCGCCAAGUGGCUCUACGACGGAAACAAGCUUGCCUGGUCCACCGUGUUGAUUGAUCGUGGUGAGAUGCGACUACACAUUGACCUGGACGAGGGUCGCCCUAACAACAGGGGGACCAAUAAAUUCUACUUCAUCAUGAAGAAGACGACUACCAUCCAGAUGAGUGCCCUUAAUGCCUACCUUUCGGGGAGGGUCGCUUGGGACAAUACGGUCCUUGAGUGUAUGAACUUCUUGGACCAUCUCAUCCGCCAGUGGCCGUCUGAGAACUUGAUUUCCAUCAAGCGUAACUUUUACCGCGAGAGCGACAAACGUUUCCCCCUCUCUGGUUAUAACGAGGUUGCGAUGGGCGCCUACGCGUCGAUCCGUCUCUGCCAGUCCAUUGCGACUGGAGGAACCGGACUCGGCAUCAACGUCGACGUUGCGAACACAGCCAUGUGGGCAGGUGGUCAAACGUUGCUGGAGCUCGUCAACGCUUAUCUCCCCAUGGUUGACAAGUCUUACAGAAAUCUGUCUCCUAUCGGCCAGGCUAAGGCUCUGCGUCCGACGCAGACGUCUGUAAGGGGCGAGAUUAAGCCCUCGUCCGCGUUCUUGAACCUCAAACGCUUCCACAAGUUGAAGUUUACCAUGAUCCACCAGGAGAGGAAGGCCGGGCAACGGCAGGGAGAAGGCAAGCAGCACACGCUGUUCCGCUUUGUCUAUGAUUCCAAGUUUGGCACUGAGGGAGCCACGGCCCAGACCGUCACUUUUGAGGUUCACGGACGCAGGGUUACCGUCGCCGAUUACUUCAAGGAGAAGUACAACUGCCCCCUCAGGUUCCCAGGUUUCCCUAUCAUUGAAACCACCAAGAAGGGUUGCUAUGUGCCUAUCGAACUUUGUUACAUCCUGCCGAUGCAGCGUUUCCCUUUCAAGCUAGACGGCACGGAUACCGCCAAGAUGAUCAAGAUUGCUGUCACUCGACCCCCUGCGCGCCGGAACAACAUUAUGGAUCGAUUUUCCAGCCUCGAUUACUCGCGAGACCCAUAUCUUAAGGAAUUCGGCCUAAAAGUCGAUUCCAACUUCACGAGGACUGAUGCCUGUAUCCUGCCGCCUCCCACCAUCCAGUUUGGCAGCGGCAAGCACAAUCCUGGCUUGGCUGGCCGUUGGGACCUUCGCGGCAAGAAAUUUUUCGUUGCCAACAAACGGGCCCUUCGCGCCUGGGGCUUCAUUAGCUUUGACAAGCGAAUUACGGGUCCUGUAGUGCAAGCCUUCGCUCGGACGUUCAAGCAGACGUACAAGAAUCAUGGCGGAAACAUUACCGGCGAGCCCAUGUUUUGGGAUGAGUCGCAGUCGCCCAACUGUGCCGAGGCCCUCAAGAAGGCCCAUGACGCACUUGUCAACAAAUUCAAGGCGGCUCCCGACCUUAUUUUCUGCAUUUUGCGAAAGGAUGGAGAGGACCUUUAUGUUCGCUUGAAGAAGUCGGCCGAUUGUCGCCUUGCGGUUCUUACACAGAUGCUAAUUUCCGACCAUGUGAACAAGAAUAACCCCCAGUACCACAGCAAUGUGUGUAUGAAAGUUAAUGCCAAGCUUGGCGGUGCCACCAGCCGAGUAUAUAACUCGCUGCCUAGCCCGCCCUUCUUCAAGGUGCCGACGAUGGUCAUCGGAGUCGAUGUCUCCCACUCAUCCCCAGGAAUUGACGCCCCUUCCAUGGCCUCCAUGGUCAUGUCGAUUGACGACAAUGCCUGCCGCUAUGCCGCCGGCGUUCAAACCAACGGACAUAGAGUGGAGAUGCUCACACGCCAGAACAUUGAGGGCUUCUUCAAGACUUUGAUUCCCGAGGUCCAGAAGGAGGUAAAGCAGCGACCGCAGCACCUUUACUAUUUCCGCGAUGGAGUCUCGGAGGGCCAGUUCGCCCAAGUAAUCGAGUACGAGGUUCAGGCGAUGAAGGAAUUGCUCGGAAACAGGGGAGUUCACCCCAAGUUCACGGUCAUCGUCGCUACGAAGCGCCAUCAUAUUCGGUUCUUCCCAGCCGACUCACAGCGUGACAAGAACAACAACCCAGUUCCUGGAACCCUCGUCGAGCGCGACGUUACUCACCCGUUCCAUUGGGACUUUUACCUCUGCUCUCAUGUCGCCAUCCAGGGAACUGCGCGUCCUGUUCAUUACCACGUCAUUCUCGAUGAGGCUAACUGCAAGCCCGACGAGUUGCAGCGGAUGAUUUACGAGCAGUGCUACACGUACGCCCGUUCGACGACCUCGGUGUCGUUGCAUCCGGCCGUGUACUACGCCCACUUGGCUAGUAGCCGAGCGCGUGCUCACGAGCGGAUUCCGACUAGCUCGGGUCCCCGAACCGGCCCCGACGCUGUGAAGGAGGCGAUCAGGUCUAUGGCGCAGGGCGACACGCCUUGGAACCCACCCCGCGGCACCGAUGCUGCCCCGCUCCUCGGCAUGGGCUCUGGCGACGACGCUCACAAGGAGAACAAGUCUUACUUCCCUGGUACUAUGUGGUACAUCUAG